AUGGGAAGAAUGCCCCUUACAUCAGUGGUCAGGGGGAAGAAUGACCCUUACAUUGGUCAUCAGUGGGAAGAAUGUCCCUUACAUUGGUCAUCAGUGGGAAGAAUGCCACGUACAUUGGUCAUCAGUGGGAAGAAUGCCACAUACAUUGGUCAUCAGUGGGAAGAAUGUUCCUUACAUUGGUCAUCAGUGGGAAGAAUACUCCUUACAUUGGUCAUCAGUGGAAAGAAUGUCCUUCACAUUGGUGGUCAAUGUGAAGAAUGCCCUUACAUUGGUCAUCAGUGGGAAGAAUGACCCAUAGAUUGGACUUCAGUGGGAAGAAGGUCCCUUACAUUGGUGGUCAAUAGGAAGAAUGCCCCUUACAUUGGUGGUCAGUGGGAAGAAUGCCCCUUACAUUGGUGGUCAGUGGGAAGAAUGUCUCUUAUAUUGGUGGUCAGUGGAAAGAAUGUGUCUUAUAUUGGUGGUCAGUGGGAAGAAUGUGCCUUACAUUGGUAGUCAGUGGGAA